AUGCUGAGCGCCUUUAAGAUGGAGGGACACGAGCAUCCGGACUGGAGCGGCAGCAGCUACUACGGAGAGACCGAGUGUUACACCGCAGCGGGAAACAUGAACUCCAUGAGCAGCUACAUGAACGCGCCUGGCAUGACCGGCCCCGGACACAUGAACCCGGCCGGGGUCGGUCACUCCGCGGUUCCCGGCGGGAUGUCGCAGAACCCCGGGGUCGUGGUGCAGGCCGGGACCGGGAUGACGCCGGGCCUGGGCGCCGGGCUGCCGCCGAGCAUGAGCUCCAUCAGCCCGCCUCCGUACGGGACCAUGCCGGUGAUGAGCCCGGUGUACGGUCCGGCCUGCAGCAUCAGAUCCAGGGAGCCCAAACCGUACCGGCGCAGCUACACGCACGCCAAGCCGCCGUACUCGUACAUCUCCCUGAUCACCAUGGCGAUCCAGCAGUCCGGAAGCAAGAUGCUGACGCUGAACGAGAUCUACCAGUGGAUCAUGGACCUGUUCCCGUUCUACCGGCAGAACCAGCAGCGGUGGCAGAACUCCAUCCGACACUCGCUCUCCUUCAACGACUGCUUCAUCAAGGUGCCGCGCUCCCCGGACAAACCCGGGAAAGGCUCCUUCUGGGCGCUGCACCCGGACUCCGGGAACAUGUUCGAGAACGGCUGCUACCUGCGGCGGCAGAAGCGCUUCAAGUGCGGGAAACAGCCCGGUGCCGGUGACAAGGAGGCGGGGGGGAAGCCCGGGUCUGAGGGCGGCUCGGUCACCAGCACCAGCUCCAGUUCAGACUCCCCGCACUCCCCCUCUUCUUCCUCCUCCUCCUCCUCCUCCUCCUCCUCCCCCCCGUCCUCAGAGGCAAAGGGACCCGGGGUCGACCUCAAACUGUUGCCCUCCAGCCCCGCGCACCCUCCGCACCUGUUCCCCCAUCAUCAUCAUCAUCACCAUCAUCAUCAUCACCCGCUGCUGCUGCAUGAGGCCGCUGCCCACCUGAAACCAGAGCACUACCCCCCUCCCCCUCCCCCUCCCCACCCCCACUACUCCUUCAACCACCCGUUCUCCAUCAACAACCUCAUGUCCGAGCCUCAGCACCACAAACUGGACCCGGUGGUCCAGUACGGAGGCUACGGCUAUCCGGUGUCCGGGGCGGUGGUGGCGGCUAAAACCGGCCUGGAUCCCGCUCACACCGACACCAACUACUACCACGGCGUCUACACCAGACCCAUAAUGAACUCCACAUGA